AUCACCCUUUGGGGCUCCCAUGGCUUGAGGGGGGUGGGUGCUUUGGGGUUUGGAGGAGUGCAACAACCCCAUGGUCAAGGUGAUGGCUGACCCUGGGAUGCAAAGAACACCCUGGGAUGCAGAAGAACAUCCAGAAGAGGGGAUGGGAGGCGGUGCCCCCCAGCUCCACCCAUCCCAGCAGCGGUGCCACCUCCCGGAUUAUCGAGGCCGAUUGCCAAACCGCGCUGGGGCAGCGCAGCCGGCCGUGCAGAGCGGCGGGGAUGGAGGGGCUCAGCGUGGGCAGCGUCCUGCUGACCGCCUGCGACGGGGGGCUGGGCCUGGGGCUGCUCAAGGGACUGCUGGAGCUGCCCAGCCCACCCCGGCACAUCUUCGCUGCUUGCCUGGACCCCCAGAGCAAGGCUGUUAACGAGGUGGCUUUGGGCUUUCCCAACGUCAGGAUCUUGCCUCUGGAUGUGACAGACCCCAACAGCAUCAAGGCUGCAGUGAGGAAGGUGCAGGCAGAGGUGGGCAGUGCUGGCCUCAACCUCCUGAUCAACAGCAGCGGCACCACGCGCCGCAGCACCGUGGCCACCGAGACAGCCGAGAACAUGAGCCUGGUCUACACCACCAACACCAUCGGGCCCCUGCAGACCUGCCAGGCCUUCCUGCCCCUGCUGAAGGAGGCGGCCGAGGCCGAAGGGCAGCGGGAGAUGAGCUGCAGCAGAGCUGCCAUCAUCAACAUCUCCAGCAUCCUGGGCUCCAUCGAGGUCGCAGAGGCCUGGCAGGAGAGGCAGGACAUCUGCUACCGCUGCAGCAAGGCUGCUCUGAACAUGCUCACCAAGUGCCUGGCCCUGGAGUACGGGAGCAGCGGGAUCCUCUGCGUGUCUGUGGAUCCUGGACAUGUGACACCUCCCUUGGAACAGGGGAUGGGCCCAGUGACGCUGGAGGAGAGCGUGCGGGGCGUCCUGCAGCUGCUGGCCCAGCUCUCAGCCACCAACAACGGCACCUUCUGGGACUGGAGAGGGCAGAGGCUGCCCUGGUGAGAGCAGCA